UUUAUUUGGUUUCUGCAAAGUUUUCAACCUCAGUCAUGGCAAUGCCAAUCGGGUUUACGAGGCUUGUAUUUCUUGUUGGAGCAGGUUACACAACUUCGGUGUUGCUUAACAAUGGCAAGCUUUCUGACGUGUUGCGUGAACUUCCUGGUUUAUUUGAAAAAAAUCAGGGAGAGGGAGCUGAUGGUGAUUAUGUAGAUGCCGUUUCUCGCCAGGUUAGUCGGUUAGCAAUGGAAGUUCGGCAGCUGGCUUCAGGCAACCAGAUCACUGUUGUGAAUGGAGGUUCCAGUGCCAGUGUAUCAUCUGUAGUGGUACCAGCUGCUGCAGCGGGUGCUGUGGGUUAUGGAUACAUGCGGUGGAAGGGACUUUCAUUUUCAGACCUCAUGUAUGUGACAAAGGAAAAUAUGGAAAAUGCGGUUGCAAGCUUGAAAAGUAAUCUAGAUAAUGUUUCAGAAGCUAUCGCAGGAGCAAAGAAGCAUUUAAUUCAGAGAAUUGAGAAUCUGCAUGAUAAAGUGAAUGACCAACAAAACAGAGCCAAAAGAAUUCAAGAUGAUGUGAAUGAUACUCUUAAUAAUGUUGCCCAAAUUGAGGAUAACGUGGAUUCAUUGACUGAGAAACUUUCUGGUUUGACUGGCAGGAUGUUAACACUGGAAGAAAAACAUGAUUUGGCUAAUCAAGGAGUUUGGUAUCUGUGCGACCAGUUAGAUCGAAAUAGAAUCCCUGCCAUUGCACAUGUUGAACGAUUGAAUCUUCCGGGUGAGUCCUCUGGCCGUUUUCUCUUAUCUGGAGGAAUGCUCACUCAUGAGGGUAUGAGAGAAAACGCUGACGAGUUACAUCCCAUGAAUUCUAACACAACAAAUGGCGCACCAGAAAACCGUAGAUUUAGACCAGAACGUACAUCAAGAUUGCUAACCAGGAGAAAUACCUUGAAUUUGAUCAUUUAAAAGCUGUGAACAAUAAGAGAUGGUGGGGGUGGUACCAAAUCUGAAUCCAUUGAUGGUAUAUUAUGCAUAGGUUGAAACCAAAUCAUUUUAGUCUAUGAUUGAGUUUGUACACGUUCACAUUAGUAGUAAUUAUCUUUUUUGAGGCAUCUUAUCUAUCCGAAAACCUCUAGUUGUCUGACUUUUAUCAUCUCUCAUUGAACCAUUUUUUUUCUUGGAAGUUUUAUUUAUAAUGCAUAGC